UUAUCUUCUUAUAGCUCCAACUAAACCCAAGAUGGUUUAUUUAUAUGCUGUUCUCUUUAAAUCAUAAAUCAGACAUACACCGAUCAACUUUUGAAGGUCUCCUCCUCUGGAAGAUGGCAACCACAUCCGUUCUCACUGCAAUCACAAGAAGUUGAUGCACAAUUGCGUAGACUAGAGGGGAAAGUGGCAAUGGUCACAGGAGGAGCCAGUGGCAUUGGUGAAUGCACAGCAAAACUCUUCGCAAACCAUGGAGCUAAAGUUGUAAUCGCCGAUAUCCAAGACCAACUUGGCCAUUCAGUAGUCGACGCCAUCGGCACAUCAAACUCUUCCUAUGUCCAUUGCGAUGUAACUGAUGAAUCCCAAAUAAAAAAUGCCAUUGACCAAACCGUUUCAACUCACGGCAAGCUCGACAUAAUGUUCAACAACGCUGGCAUUCUCGGUGAGAACAAGCCAAGCAUAAUUGACAGCACAAAGGCCGAUUUUGAGCGAGUUCUUAGAGUAAAUGUCACCGGAGUUUUCCUCGGCAUCAAGCAUGCAGCACGUGUUAUGAUUCCAGCUUGCAGUGGAAGCAUAAUUUCAACAGCCAGCAUAUUCUCACAAAUUGGCGGCAUUGCCUCGCAUGGGUAUUGUUCUUCAAAACAUGCCGUGUUGGGGUUAACAAGAAAUGGUGCUGUUGAGCUUGGACAAUUUGGCAUUAGAGUGAAUUGUUUGUCAGCUUACGCUGUUGCAACGCCUAUGACCAGAAAAUUUUUCGGGCUUGGCUAUGAGGAGAUUGAGAGUUUGACGCAUUCGCAUGGUGUGUUGAAAGGUGUGAAACUUAAAGCAGAACAUGUUGCAAAUGCAGCUCUAUAUUUAGCAAGUGAUGAGGCCAAGUACGUGAGUGGACAUAAUCUUUUUAUAGACGGGGCUUUUUCUGUUGUUAAUGGGUCAUUUGGGAAGCUUCAGAAUCCCGAUUCUUGAUUGUAUUUAUUUCAAGAAAUUUUUGUUUCUUUGAAAGUUAAUGGUGUCGCAAUAAAUCCAAUCUUGAAUCA